AUGGAGAAUUUGAUAGGCUCAACUUACACCAAAAGCCGUUUAGCCAAUGGUGUGUUCAAGUCUGGUGCCGUGUAUCAAAGGUCGCUUCGUCUCAAAUUCGACGAUCGCCCAGGGGUUAUGUGUGGCUUCAUACAGCAGAUAUCUGCCAGGGACGCUCGAACAGCAUCCUCAAAACAUCCUAGUGGUCAAGGGACGACGGAGGUCCCGCUCCGGCGGCCAAGGGUCCCCCGAAAGGGCGAGUUAGCUCACGCAUCUAGUUUUGAUGCGGGAGCCAAGAGAAGAAGGGGUCUAGCUGUGCUUUACUGUCUUGUUGGUGGUUCUAUGCUGCUCGCGGUAAAGAACUGGUCCAUACUGCAAAGGCUAGUCAUGAAGACAAACACGGAAGCUCAACCAUCCGUUGCAAGUGGUCAGGAUGUUUCACAGAUCGCGUGCACAUCUGUAACGCCUAGAGAUCAAACCCGUGGGCCCGUCCCUAUAGAUCUUGAAAGUUACCUGGGGGACUAG